CUGAACAAAUUGAGAUUUUCACGUUACUCUCAAUUCUCUAUUUCUUUUCCCCUCAUUGAAACUAAUAGUAAAGGAAAAUAAAAUCCAUUUUUUCUUUAUUUCUUUCUUGACAUUUACAAGGCCACGUCUAUACUUGUGAGUUAUGGCAAUCGAAGAAAUGGAAGAAGGAGUAGACACCUCAACGUUCAAUGCUAAAGAAGGCUUCUGUAUGUCGGCUUCAAUCGUAACUAUCGUACAAAAGGUGAUUGCAGAGGUGAUUGGCACGUAUUUUGUUAUAUUUUCGGGGUGUGGCUCUGUUGCGGUGAAUAAAUUGUAUGGUGGGACGGUCACAUUCCCAGGCAUUUGUGCGACAUGGGGACUAAUUGUGAUGGUCAUGGUCUACUCCGUAGGUCACAUAUCCGGGGCUCAUUUUAACCCUGCGGUCACCAUUACCUUCGCCAUCUUUCGCCGUUUUCCAUGGAAAGAGGUUCCAUUGUAUAUAAUAGCGCAAUUGAUUGGAUCGAUCCUUGCGAGUUGUACUUUGGCUAUCUUGUUUGACAUCACCUCUGAAGCUUACUUUGGCACCUUGCCCGUUGGAUCAAAUGGGCAAUCUUUCGCCAUAGAAAUCAUCAUCUCCUUCCUCUUGAUGUUCACCAUUUCUGGCGUAGCAACAGAUAGUAGAGCGAUUGGAGAUCUUGCCGGUUUAGUCGUUGGGAUGACUAUAAUGUUAAAUGUGUUCGUUGCCGGGCCGAUUUCUGGAGCCUCAAUGAACCCAGCAAGGAGCAUAGGCCCAGCCAUUGUGAAGCAUACUUAUAAAGGACUCUGGGUUUAUAUAUUUGGCCCACUUAUUGGGACCAUACUUGGAGGAUUUGCUUAUAAUUUGAUUAGAUAUACGAAUAAACCCCUUCGUGAAUUAACUAAAAGUAGUUCAUUAAUCAGAAGCAUAUCCAAAAAUAAUACAACUUAGAUUAACCUAAUGAAAGUACUAAUUCGUUAAUAAUUCUAUUAUUAAUUAUUGUCGUUCGUCUUUUUGUGACAUUAUCAAGUAUUUGAGUUGUGCGAUAUGCUUUUAAUUUUCCUUGUGUAUUGAUGUAUCUUGU